CUCACACACACACACAGUACAGAGGUUUCUCUCUCUCUCACACACACACACACACACGUAUACACACACACACACACACACACACACACACACACACUUGGCUGUUGAAGCCAUGUCACAGAGAAGGCUCACUCAGAAUCCUCUGGAGAAGACAUGGGGUCCAUGGCUGAAGAGCAGGCUGAGCCAACGCAGAGGCUCGUCGGUGCCCCAGUUCACCAACUCCCCCACCAUGAUCGUGAUGGUGGGGCUGCCGGCCAGAGGGAAGACCUACAUCGCCAAGAAGCUCACCAGAUACCUGAACUGGAUCGGAGUCACGACUAAAGUGUUCAACGUGGGCCAGUACCGGCGGGACGCCACACGCUCCUACAACAGCUUCCAGUUCUUCAGAGCCGACAACGCCGAGGCCAUGGAGAUACGCAAAGCUUGUGCCGUCGCCGCCCUGAAGGACGUGUGUGACUACUUCACCAGAGAGCAGGGCCAGGUGGUGGUUUUUGAUGCCACCAACACGACGCUGGAGCGCAGAGAGGUCAUCCUCCAGUUCGCCCAGGAAAACGGUUACAAGGUUUUCUUUGUCGAGUCUAUAUGUGACGAUCCAGAAAUCAUCGCCGCCAAUAUUAAACAAGUGAAGCUGAGCAGUCCAGACUACGCCGACUGUGACAAAGAGGAGGCCGUGGCCGACUUCCUGAAGAGGAUCGAGUGUUACAAGUUGACGUACGUCCCGCUGGACGACGACAAGGACAGGAACUUGUCCUACAUCAAGAUCUUCAACGUGGGCAGCAGGUACCUGGUGAACCGGGUCCAGGACCACAUCCAGAGCCGGAUCGUGUACUACCUGAUGAACAUCCACGUCACGCCCAGGUCCAUCUACCUGUGCCGCCACGGCGAGAGCGAGCUCAACCUGGCGGGUCGCAUCGGGGGAGACUCGGGACUGUCGCCCCGCGGGGCAAAGUUCGCCAGGGCUCUGGGGCAGUACAUGACGGGGCAGACCAUCAUCGACCUGAAGGUCUGGACCAGCCACAUGAAGAGGAGCAUCCAGACCGCCGAGGCUCUGGGGCUCCACUACGAGCAAUGGAAGGCCCUCAACGAGAUCCACGCCGGGGUUUGUGAGGACAUGACGUACGAGGCCAUCCAGAAGAAUUACCCAGAGGAGUUUGCGCUGAGGGAUCAGGACAAGUAUCGCUACCGCUACCCGAAAGGAGAGUCCUACGAGGACCUGGUCCAGCGCCUGGAGCCGGUGAUCAUGGAGCUGGAGCGGCAGGAGAACGUUCUGGUGAUCUGCCACCAGGCCGUGAUGAGGUGUCUGCUCGCCUACUUCCUGGACAACACGGCUCAUGAGCUGCCCUACCUGAUGUGUCCUCUGCACACGGUCCUGAAGCUGACCCCGGUGGCCUACGGAUGUGAAGUGGAGUCCGUCUUCCUGAAGAUAGAAGCUGUCAACACGCACAGAGACAAGCCAGAGAACGUGGAAGUGGACCGAGACCCGUCAGAGGCUUUGGAGACAGUCCCGGACCACAUCUAGAGACCACUACAGACCACAUCUAGAGACCACUACAGACCACAUCUAGAGACCACUACAGACCACAUCUAGAGACCACUACAGACUACAUCUAGAGACCACUACAGACCACAUCUAGAGACCACUACAGACCACAAGCCCACUAUACCACAUCUCAAGCCCACUACAGACCAUAUCUCAAGGCCACUACAGACCACAAGGCCACUAGACUACAUCUCAAGGCCACUACAGACCACAAGGCCACUAGACCACAUCUCAAGCCCACUAGACUACAUCUCAAGCCCACAUCUCAAGGCCACUACAGACCACAUCUCGAGGCCACUGCAGACCACAAGGCCACUAGACUACAUCUCAAGGCCACUAGACUACAUCUCAAGCCCACAUCUCAAGGCCACUAGACUACAUCUCAAGGCCACUACAGACCACAUUUCAAGGCCACUGCAGACCACAAGGCCACUAGAUUACAUCUCAAGGCCACUAGACUACAUCUCAAGGCCACUACAGACCACAUCUCAAGCCCACUACAGACCACAAGGCCACUAGACCACAUUUCGAGGUCACUACAGACCACAUCUCAGGAGUUGGGGCUCAGGGCGGCCAUGUUGUUGCGCACCGCGGGCUAACUCCUCUCGUCGCGCCGUCAGAAGCUGACAUUCACUUACGACUCGUAGUUUCCAUCAGGAUUCAACAAGCGAUAUUGAAAGAGUUCUUAGGGAAGCUUUUGGAACUCGUUGGAUUGGGUUUCGAUCUUCUCGUCUUGUCUCGGUGAAGGAAGCGAACGCGUUUUCCAAACUUUUCCUUAAAUUAAUCGUUUGUCCUCUUACCUGCAGCUCUAUUCGUCAAUCUAGACGGUUUUAAUGUCAGUUGGAGAUAUCGGCCAGGGGGCGACUUCUGAUAGAAGUCUUUGCUUCAUGUGUUAAAGCUGCAUUCUCUCUCCUGACCACCAGGGGGCGACUCCUCUGAUAGAAGUCUAUGCGUCAUGUGUUAAAGCUGCAUUCUCUCUCCCGACCACCAGGGGGCGACUCCUCUGAUAGAAGUCUAUGCUUCAUGUGUUAAAGCUGCAUUCUCUCUCCAGACCAUAAGGGGGCGACUCCUCAUGGUCUGGAGGGUCCCCCUGAGACCCUGACCCCCGUGGUAGAGGUCGUGACCCUUCAUGUCAGGCCAUAUUAACGUCACGUUGCUAUGAAUUGUGGGUAAUCCACUCGGGCAAGACUUACGGAAAGUGUUCAUAAAGUGCUACAAAAUGUCUGAACCACUGGAACAUGGACGACGUGAUUACCCACAAUUCAUAGCAACGUGAGACGUCAUAAUCAUUGAGGAUUAAAGAUGGAACGUAGAAACAUGAACUCAGUUUAUUCAAAGAGGAAACAUUUUAUAUUCUCUAUAUAUCCAUGUAGAGCUGUUCAUGCCCAGGCCCCUGAGGGGUCAGGGGGUCUCUGGGGGAUCCGGGUCCAGGUCAAUAAAACCUUCUGAACGUUGUUUGUGUUUAACAGAGCAAUGAAAUAAAAAAAGGACACCUGAACAA